UAAUUAUGACAAAUUCUUUGAUAUAACGUUAUCCGCUAUUCGAAAAAAAAAAUCAAAACAGUUAUAAAUAUUUUUUUAUGAAUUUAGAUGCCGUGAGGGUGACAAUAAUAUAACAUUUAAAAAAAAAAUAUUCAGGAAUUAUUGAUUGUAAAUGGCGACUUCUAGUAUGAUUAGCAUUCAACCUUCAUACGAUAAAAGUAUUCCUCUAAUUAAUAAUGUGUAUUAUUAUCCGGCAAUGUACAAUGGUAAUUUGAAUUUGAUCAAUCAUCAAUACCUAUCAUCCGACACAAGUAUUAACAGAAAUAGUAAUGGGAAACAUGGUGAAAAACCUAAAUGUAUGAGUUAUACUCAUUUAACAAAUGAUGCAACUUGUGAGAAUAUCGUUAAAGGAACUGUUAAAAAAUUAGUAGGCCAUAAAUAUAUAAACCAAAAAAUGAGUUCUCAUAGCUAUAAAAACCAACUGAUUACACAACCUUCAAAAAUAACUAAAUUUGAAGUUUCCCAGGUCAUAGUUAACUGUGUUUCUCCUCAAGAUUCUUUUGCCGAACAUAAUUUUUCCAACUUAUCUGAGUAUUGCCAAAUGCCUUUCCCAAUUUAUGGCUUUGAUCACACUUAUAUUGAUGAAAUUUUAACAGGUGACUUUCAUAAUUUUUCCUUAAACGAUCCCCAUCAGGCACAAUACGUCUUAGCGAAUAAUAUCCAUCAAAUCACUCCUUCUAGCUGGAAUAGUGCUUCAACUCACCUUCCACUUUCGAAUCCUUUCUGCGAUGAUAGUCUCCGAUUCGGGUUACCUUACACAUAUCCCGACUCAUUAAAUUACGCAAUGAAUACCAAUAUGUCUUAUAAACAAUUAUCCUUAUCUGCCCUCGGACCUCUCAACGAAGGUCUUACACCGUAUCAGGGCAAAAAACGCUGCUUCGGCGAAUAUAAAUGCUCGAAAUGUAAAAGAAAAUGGAUGUCCGGCAACAGUUGGGCUAAUAUGGGACAAGAAUGUAUGAAAUGCCGCCUCAAUGUUUACCCACAUAAGCAACGACCUUUGGAGAAACCGGAUGGACUUGAUGUAUCCGAUCAAAGCAAAGAACAUCCUCAAAGCUUAUGCGAAAAAUGCAGAAUAUUAGGUUAUUAUUGUCGCAAGCAGGUGUAAUAUCGAAUAUUAUCUUCCACUAAAUUAUAAAGUAGUUUUUUUGGGAAAACUUCUUGUAAUCAUACUUAUAAUGAGAAUAGUGAUAAUUAUGCAAAUGCAAUAAAUAUUUAUAUUAUUUUAUUUUUUUUAUUAAAAUAAAAUUAGUGAAUAUAUAUAACAAAAUAUUUUUUUUAUGUGUCAAAUACUUUGUACAAACAGACUGACUCCAUAA